AUGGCAGAGGAGGUCAGGGAACAGUGGGUAAUGAAAUUUGAUGGGUCUUCUACUACCCAUUCCGGAGGGGUGGGUGUAGUUCUGUAUCAUGAAGAAGAUAAGGCAGUGGCACUGUCGUUCAAAUUGGAAUUCCUCUGUUCAAACAAUACGGCGGAAUACGAGGCCUAUCUAACUGGGCUUGCCACAGCUCUCGAAAUGGGAGUCAAACAUUUGAAAGUACUGGGAGACUCCAACUUGGUCGUCUGCCAGGCCAAUGGAAGUUUUUCCUUGAAAGAGCCCAGCCUAGCUCCAUACAGAGCAAUGGCCCAGAAAAUGGAAGAGAAAUUCUCUACCUUUGAGAUAGAACAUGCCCCGAGAAACGAAAAUCGGUUUGUGGACGCUUUGGCCGCAUUGGGUUCGCAAAUAAUCUUUGAAGGGAGCAGCACUAAUAUAGAAGUUAGCAAGAGGGAAGAAUCCAUCAUUGAGGUGUUGAAGGAAAAGUUCCGGGAGGAACAGGGCGAAGGGGAUUGGCGAAUCCCCAUAAAAGAAACCUUGGUGAAGGGAGACGAUGUAGCAGAAUUGAAGAUAUUGAAAGACUAUGCUUUGGUAAAAGAAGAGCUGUACUGCAGGAUGCCAGGUGGGAUUUUAUCCAGAUGCGUGGGCCAGGAGGAAGCCUAG